CCUGCAGGCAGUUUGGCUCGUUCGCCCACGACCUCGACCGUUCGUUUGCCCACGCAUCGCCAUGGGCUGCGGUGCGAGCACCACGACCGAGGGCCUUCCUCAGGAUGUCGAAAAGCACUUGAUCCAAGUGACGCAAGUCCAUCUGCGUCGACCCACCCACGGAGAGAGUGACAUCAUGAAAGCGAAGGCAUGCGAUGUGGAAGGACCCUUGAUGGAGCGCAAAAGCAUCCGGUCAACUCGAUUUUUGUUUGCAAGAAGCCUCUCCUGCCCUCGAUCUCCUGAGCCAACGGACUCGAAAUCCACAGCAGCUGGCCAAGCAUCCAUUCCGCUCAGCCCCACGUUUGCGAGCCCAGUGCCACCGCUUCCGGGAAUCAUUCAUGGAGAUGAUUUGGUGGACUUGGAUGAGUACAACCAGCUGAUGAGUGCUACAAAUUCAUGGGAGCGCGAUGGUCUUCCUCCAACACCUCGAGGAGUGGCGGUGAGCUUUCCUCCUGGACGUCGGAUGCAUGACAAGCACCUGGGGCGGAUCCAUCGCUUUGGCCUGAAGGUGGAACAGGAUCCCUGCUGGGUGGACAAAGCCGUGGCGGAGAAACGACACAUUGCUGAGAUCGUGAAGGAGCUGAUCGAGAACGAAUUGAUCGACGUGAACCUGGACUGAUUUCCACAGUUCCGGCCGCUUCGAAGCGACUGCUUUUUGCUUUUGCUUCCCUAAGAGGAACUGUCCCCACAAAUCUGGGCCUGGAAGUUCAGUGAGCUUGUGUUGGAGAAACACCCCUGUUUGGCUCGCAAGAUGCGAGCUGUUCCAGAGCGCGAAGCGCUCAAACCCCACCACUUGCCAAAGCUAGGUUCUUGCGAGGUGUCCAACCAGGAUCAUGAGCCUGAAUUGAGUUCCGCCAUCCUCCAGGUUAGGAGACCCGUGCAGAGCCAGGCUCCCUUAACAGACGGUUGGUGCCUCAAAACGGCUUUAACCUGAGGCAGGUUUCCAAUGUCUGAUUAUUAAUUACCUCUUUUGCCCAGCUGCACGAUUCAGAUGAAGUUAGAGGACUGAUGGUUCGGAGUGUAACUAGCAAC